GUGUACUUUGCAGGGAUGAUCCGUGUGGCCAAUGAGGAGUUCAUCCCUGAGUAUCGCCACGCAGACUCCACUGAGUUCCUGUCCUUGGCCAAGAAGAUAGAGCUAGUGCUGAGCAACGUGUACAAAGGGUCAUCAGUGGCGAAACUUUACAAGCAAGCUGUCAUUUCAGACCUCAGCAACAACAACCUGGGCGGGGUGCUGGUCCACUUCUGGAUGGUGUUCGAGGUGCCCCAGCUCAAGAGCCCCGCCGUGCGUGAGGAGGGGGUGGGGGCCAUCCUCCGGGACUCGGUGCUCACCAGCCUGCAGAACCGCACCUCGGUGGGCUACCUGCUGGACCUGCCCGUGGACAUCGAGUCUAUCCUCAUCAACGCUGCCCAGCGCUCUGACUACACAUCAACAUCAUCAGGCUCGGAGUGUGUGGACAAGCCGUACGUGCCCCUCCCUGGGACCUCGGUGCCCCUGGAGCUGGACCCCCCGGGGGGCGGCGUGAGCUGCCACGUCAAGCUGACCUCGGCGCCGGGCUCGGUGGUGCGCCUCACCAUCAGCUCCUUCCUCAUCCAGCCCUCCGACUGUGUGGGCGACGCCCUGACGGUGUACGACUCCCUGCUGCCCAUGAGUGCGCGCACCCUGCACAGGGUGUGUGACCCGGUGACCGACCCCCUCUACCUGGUGUCCACGUCCAACGUCAUGCUGCUGUCCUUCCGCCUGGCCCCUGGGACCAAGCGCUUCAGGGGCCACUUCCAGGCCGUGGCGGAGGAAACGUGUUUGUCUCACGUUGAGACCCAGGAGGGCGCCGGCUACACCGGACACAUCUACAGCCCCUUCCACCCCAGCCUGCUGCCAACCAAAUGCAUCUGCACCUGGCUGUUUGGGACUCCCAGCCCGUCUCUGGGCGUCAGCCUGAAGUUCCACAACUACGUCCUGAGACCCAGGAAGGACCUGAAUCCCUGCACACACGGCUGGUGGAGGGUCAACCGCCUCAUAUUCUGUGGCAGCUACGUGGGCUACUCCACGGUGUUCCGGAUCUCCCAGCCCAGCCCGGAGGUGGAGUUCCGCUGCAGCUCGCGCCAGGCCCAGAUGCCCUUCCAGGCCGCCUACGGCAGCUACAACCUCAGCCAGCCGUGCGAUCAGGGCCACUUCCUGUGCUCCACGGGGUUCUGUGUGGAGAGGCAUCAGCGCUGCGACGGCCUGGACGACUGCCAGGACGAGAGCGACGAGCACUUCUGCUCCCCACCCAGUAAGAGCUGUGGCGGCCCAAGCCCACCCCACCCUCUGUACGUCUGCGACGGGCACAGCGACUGCAGCAAUGGCCGGGACGAGCUCAACUGCACCCAGGAGACCAGCUGCUCUGGGAUCAGCCACCAGUGCAGCAGCGGCACCUGCAUCCUGAAGAAGAACGCGCGGUGCGACGGCGUCCCAGACUGCCAGGACCGGAGCGACGAGGAGGACUGCGACUGUGGCCUCCCUUCCCCGGUGAGGAAGGUGGGCUCGUUCUCUAACCUGGACCGCAUUGUGGGCGGAGCCAACUCUCUGGAGGGGGAGUGGCCUUGGCAAGUGGGUCUGCUCUUCUCUGGGAACCUGUACUGUGGCGCCUCCGUGCUCUCUGCGGAUUGGCUGAUAUCUGCCGCCCACUGCUUCAGCAAAGAAAGGCUGGCGGAUCCCCGGUCGUGGAGGGCCCACCUGGGCAUGCUGACGCGGGGCGAGGCGCGGCACGUGGCGGAGAUCCAGCACGUCGUGGUGCACGAGUUCUACGACGCCAGCACCUUCGACUACGACGUGGCCCUGCUGCGGCUCCGGAGGCCCUGGCCCGCCUCGCUCGCCCCCCUGGUGCAGCCCGUCUGCCUGCCCACGCCCUCCUUCACCCCCGGCCUGCUGCGGCCCUGCUGGGUCACCGGCUGGGGCUACCGCUCCGAGGGCGCCAAGGUGCUGCCGGCCGUGCUGCAGAAGGCCCAGGUGAGCCUCCUGAGUCCCAGUGAGUGUAAGAAGCGGUUUGAUCCGGUGACGGCCCGCAUGCUGUGCGCCGGAGUCCCGUCUGGAGCUCAGGACGCCUGCAACGGGGAUUCGGGGGGACCCCUGGCCUGCCAGGCCUCGGCGGGGGGCCGCUGGUUCCUCAUGGGCAUCGUGAGCUGGGGGUCCGGCUGUGGAAGACCCAGGCUGCCUGGGGUCUACACCCGAGUCAGCAAGCUCACGUCCUGGAUCCACCAGCACAUCACCUGA